AUGGCACGAUACGGGUCUGUUAGCUGGGGCUUCAUUGUCUCAUGUCUGCUACUUGCCGUACGUGCAGCCUCUUCAGAAGAUGUUGAUACAAAAUUCAUGGGCUACUUCAUCAACGGCCUCACUACUGAGAAGUUGAUGGCCCCUUCUUCCUUCGAUGUAUGGUCAACGACAGGAACCGUCGCGGGCGGAUGCGAAACGGCUAAGCCAACGUGCGAGAUCAAUAUCGGAUGUCAAGAUGGAACCCUGACAAGAACUGACAAUGUCAAAACUUUUUGCACAGGAUCGCAGGUCUGCCAGACCAUGACAAUUUAUCAGAAUUCUCCUUCCGGCGGACCGACAAUAAAACAUUUCUUUUGCGCAAAUGUGUGGCCGGCGAAGACGGUAUAUCGUGACCUACGCCAGGUAGCGACAACUACAACUUCUUCCGAAUUGGCUCCGUUAGCAUCCUUUUCGGCUUCGUCGUCUUCCUUUUCGGGUCCGACGAAUUCUUUACUAAACAUAGAGACGUCGACGCGGGCGAUCACGACACAGACGACGUCCACACAAACGAGUACCACAAGCUCAGUGCUCACGGAAAGUGCGGAUGCAUCCGGCUCUUCAUCGAAGUCCACAGUCGACCAGAAGGCAUGGAUCGCCGGCCCUGUCCUCGGCGGCCUCAUCAUUCUCGCCCUUUUUGCGGGUGGUAUGUUCUGGUGGGGCAGAAGGUCCCGAGGAGGUGACGAACGCGAAGCAGACAACACCAAGAAUUUCCAGCCCAUUCCUGAUGAGAGUAAAUUCGGGUAUCAGCAUCAGUCGUCGUAUGGCGAAAUGCCUAUCCCCAUGACGUGCCAACCUCAGUCUCAUGUUAGUGAAAUGUGGUCUUCUAGGUCACCAACGGAGCUAGGAACGAACUCGGCGAUACAUCAGCCAAAACCGCAACCUCCCACACAAAUCCAAGAGCUGCCAGCUUCUUAUUAUCGGUAA